ACCAUUGCACCAUGCUUCAUCCUUUGAGCAAGUUGACGUCGCCAUGUUGCUUAUUGAUCGUGGUGCCGAUAUCUCCGCCGCCGACAAAGAUGGAAAGACACCAUUGCACCAUGCUUCAUCCUCUGGGCAAGCUAAAGUCGCCACAUUGUUUAUCGAUCGUGGUGCUGAUAUCUCCGCCGCCGACAAAGAUGGAAGGACACCAUUGCACCAUGCUUCAUCCUCUGGGCAAGCUAAAGUCGCCACAUUGUUUAUCGAUCGUGGUGCUGAUAUCUCCACCACCGACAAAGAUGGAAGGACACCGUUGCACCAUGCUUCCUCCUCCGGGCGAGUUGACGUCGC